GGGCUGACCCGGGGCCUGCUGCCUCUGGGGGCCAGCCAUUCUUGAACACAUCGGCCCCCUGGGACCACACUCCCACCAGGAGCAGGUCACGGGGCCUCCAGGUGCCCCCAGAGCAUGGGAGGGAGAGGCCUUUACCACCCCUGCAGGGCGCCGGGCAGGCGGUGCGCCCGGGAACAGCCCCGGCCGAAGGAAACGCACUCUGGUACCAAGGCGCGGGGUGGGCGGUUGCCGGGGGUGCCAGGAGCCACCGCUUCAGGUUCCCGAUCCACCUCCCAGCUGAGCCUGCCCCAGGCAGCUGGCUUCGACCUUCUUGCCCGUUCUCUGCUGCCAAAGGCCUCUGAGUCAGGUCAGAGCUCCCAGCCCAGGAGCGCGGUAGCUGUUGAACAGGAAAUCUCAGGGGGUCACCCUCUUGGGGUUGCGGGGGUGAGUGUUUUCAGUGGCAGCUUCGGACCAACUUGUGGGUGACUCGAUGCUCUCCACAGGAGAGUGAGAGGCAAAGGCCUUUUUAAUGGAAAGCCAGGAAUGAGGAGGAGGCGCCUGGGCAUCCUCCUGGCGCCGGGGGCCGGACCCUGAGGCUGGGUGAGUCUGGGGGCAGCUGUGCUGCAGAGAUGGGCCUCCCCCCAGUCGCCACGAUGGGAGGCGGAGGAAGCCCACAGCCAGCGCCCACACCCCUGGUGCCAGCGUCUCCCUGAGAGUGUGAGGGGAGUGGGCGUUCCCGCCCCAGGUUUGUAACAGCUGCAAAUGGGAAAAGUCCUGAAUGCCCUUCAGCGGAGAAAUGGCUGCAUUGUGUUUUCAAAUGCAAAAUAGCAUUCUGCGUGUAUUUUAAUUGUUUACAAGGAAAAUGUACUUGACGUGACAUGUAAUUAAGUUUUAAGCGGGUGAGGGACAGCACUUGGGGCCUUCCUCCUCGUCCCUUCCCUCCCAGGCGUCCUUGUGUCACUGUGGAGGUUUGCAGAUCGCCCCACCCCAGGCAAGGUGAGAGUAGGCCCGGGUUGGGGGCCACCCAUCUGGAACCGUGUCCCACGUGGGCCGCCCUGGGUGUCACGUGCUCAUUUCUCUCCUUGCCCCAGAGAGCAAGCCCGUUGGGGGUGGCAGUAUGUCUGUCUCUUUCCCUCCUACUUGGUCCGUCGGAUGAAAGGCUGAUUCUCAAGGUCAGGGGAGAUUGACCCCGAAUGCAAGUGAGGUUUUGGGGUCCCUUGGGGUUUGCAGAACCGCGUCCUGAGCCCGCUGCUAUGAGACUGACCAAGCCCGGGCCUGUGUCCACAUCUGCAGAACGAGGCCUUGGGGCUGCACAGCCUUAGGCCUCCGUCCUUCCCUAGGAUUCAGAGUGAGCUGGAAGCCCAUGGGUACAGGGCUGUUGAAGUCACCCUGUCUCUCCAGCUCUGCGUCCUGGGCCCACUGCCUGGAAGCUGUCCAGAGACGCUGGCCGAGCUGAGCUGCAUUUCCUUUGCCCCCCUCCUUGCUGUCACCCCAGUUUGUGGGAGCGCUGGGCCUUGGUCCUCGGCGGCUUCAGUGCACAGGGUCCUUCCUCGCCUCGAGGAGCAUGUUGGUGUCCGAGGGCCUGGGGUAGGGUCCCACCGCCUGGCUGGGACUGGUAAAGCCAGUUACCCAGGCCAUUGCCCCAUCUUCAAACCCAGCUGUCUAGGUUGCUGUGACAGUGCCGUGAGAUGACGGUCAGGGCCAGCGCUCAGCCGCUGUCCUCACUGUGGUCGUCACUAUGCCUUUUUCCGGCAGCUCAACACGGCCAUUGCCGUGUCCCAGAUGUCCUCAGGCCAGUGCCGCCUGGCCCCCCUCAUCCAGGUCAUCCAGGACUGCAGCCCCCUCUACCACUACACGGUCAAGCUCAUGUUCAAGCUGCACUCCUGCCUCCCGGCAGACACCCUGCAAGGCCACCGGGACCGGUUCCAUGAGCAGUUUCACAGGUACCAGCCUGGGCCGGGUGGAGGGUGGCGGCGUGUGCUGGGGCUACCGGGCUGGGGCCUGGCUCCUCUGACCUCUCGCCUCCGUCCCCGUCCCCGCAGCCUCAGAAACUUCUUCCGCAGAGCCUCUGACAUGCUCUACUUCAAGCGGCUCAUCCAGAUCCCCCGGCUGCCCGAGGGACCCCCCAACUUCCUGCGGGCCUCGGCGCUGGCCGAGCACAUCAAGCCGGUGGUGGUGAUUCCCGAGGAGGCCCCCGAGGACGAGGAGCCCGAGAACCUCAUCGAGAUCGGCUCGGGGCCCCCCGCCGCGGAACCAGCGGUGAGCCGCCCCCUCCUCGCUGGGGGCACCUGGGACUCCCUCCUGGCCUGGGGGAAUAGGGGCGGGGGUCACCGUGCUUUGCCGUGGCAGGUGGUGGCUGACCUCUUUGAGCAGACAUUUGGACCCCCGAAUGGCUCCAUGAAAGACGACAGGGACCUCCAGAUAGAGACCUUGAAGAGGGAGGUGGAGACGCUCCGCACGGAGCUGGACAAGAUCCAGCUGGAGGCGCAGCGGUACAUGGCGCAGCUGAAGGGCCAGGUGAACGCGCUGGAGGCCGAGCUGGAGGAGCAGCGCAAGCAGAAGCAGAAGGCCCUGGUGGACAACGAGCAGCUGCGCCACGAGGUGGCCCGGCUGCGCGCUGCCCAGCUGGAGGGCGAGCGCCACCAGGGGCUGCGAGAGGAGGCGGAGAAGAAGGCCAGCGCCACCGAGGCGCGCUACAACAAGCUGAAGGAAAAGCACAGCGAGCUCAUCACCACGCACGCCGAGCUGCUCCGGAAGAACGCAGACACGGCCAAGCAGCUGACGGUGACACAGCAGAGCCAGGAGGAGGUGGCGCGGGUGAAGGAGCAGCUGGCCUUCCAGGUGGAGCAGGUGAAACGGGAGUCAGAGAUGAAGCUGGAGGAGCAGAGUGACCAGCUGGAGAAGCUCAAGAGGGAGCUCGAGGCCAAGGCGGGAGAGCUGGUGCGGGCGCAGGCGGCCCUGAGCCACGCGGAGCAGAGCGGGUUGGAGCUGAGCUCGAGGCUGGAUACGCUGAGUGCGGAGAAGGACACACUGAGCAGCGAAAUGCGGCAGCGGCAGGCUGAGCUGGUGGCAGCCCAGAGCCUGGUGCGGGAGAAGGAGGCGGCGCUGGACCAGGAGCAGCAGCGCAGCUCCAGGGAGAGGGGCGAGCUGCAGGGGCGGCUGGCAGACAAGGAGUCUCAGGAGCAGGGGCUGCAGCGCAGGCUGCUGGAUGAGCAGUUCGCCAUGCUGCGGGGCACCGCUGCCGAGGCCGAGCGCAUCCUGCAGGAUGCCGUGGGCAAGCUAGACGACCCCCUGCACCUGCGCUGCACCAGCUCUCCGGACUACCUGGUGAGCAGGGCCCAGGCUGCCCUGGAUGCCGUGAGCACCCUGGAGAAGGGCCACGCCCAAUACCUGAUCUCCAGGGCAGACGCCUCUGCCCUUGUGGCAGCCCUGACCCGGUUCUCCCACCUGGCCGCGGACACCAUCGUCCAUGGCAGUGCCACCUCCCACCUGGCCCCCACUGACCCUGCUGACCGCCUGAUCGACACCUGCAGGGAAUGUGGAGUGCGGGCGCUGGAGCUCGUGAGGCAGCUGCAGGAUCAGCAGGCUCUGCUGCAGGCCCAGCCCAGCCUGGUGCAGACCCCCCUGCAGAGCAUCCUUCAGCUGGGCCAGGAGCUGAAGCCCAAGAUCCUGGACGUGCGUCAGGAGGAACUCGGGGCUGUGGUGGACAAGGAGAUGGCGGCCACGUCUGCGGCCAUCGAAGAUGCGGUGCGGAGAAUCGAGGACGUGAUGAACCAGGCCCGCCAUGCCAGCUCUGGGGUGAAGCUGGAGGUGAAUGAGAGGAUCCUCAACUCCUGCACAGACCUGAUGAAGGCCAUCCGGCUCCUGGUGACAACAUCCACGAGCCUGCAGAAGGAGAUCGUGGAGAGCGGCAGGGGGGCAGCCACGCAGCAGGAAUUUUACGCCAAGAAUUCCAGGUGGACGGAAGGCCUCAUCUCCGCCUCCAAGGCCGUGGGCUGGGGAGCCACGCAGCUGGUGGAGUCAGCUGACAGGGUGGUGCUUCACACGGGCAAGUACGAGGAGCUCAUCGUCUGCUCCCACGAGAUCGCGGCCAGCACAGCCCAGCUGGUGGCGGCCUCCAAGGUGAAGGCCGACAAGCACAGCCCACACCUGCGUCGCCUGCAGGAAUGCUCACGCGCCGUCAAUGAGAUGGCCGCCAGCGUGGUGGCCUCCACCAGGUCGGGCCAGGAGCAGAUCGAGGACAGAGACACCAUGGACUUCUCCGGCCUCUCCCUCAUCAAGCUGAAGAAGCAGGAGAUGGAGACCCAGGUGCGGGUCCUGGAGCUGGAGAAGACGCUGGAGGUGGAGCGCGUGCGGCUGGGCGAGCUGCGGAAGCAGCACUACAUGCUGGCCGGGGCCGUGGGGACGCCCGGUGCGGAUGAGCCCGGCCGGCCCAGCGCUGCCCCCCGCGGUGGGACCUCCAAGAAGCCGCCCCUGGCCCAGAAGCCCAGCGUGGCCCCCAGGCAGGACCAGCAGCUUGACAAAAAGGAUGGCAGCUACGCGGCUCCACUCGUCAACUACUAGCCACUACCACCCCCGCGCCCGAGGGGUCCAGCGGGGAGGCUGACGGCCAGGCCUGGGCCUCGUGGCUGAGGAGCCUCUGAGAAGGCCCAGCCCUCGCUGAGCGCAAGGGCUCAGGGCUGACCGGGGCUGACCGGAGCAGUUCUUCCCGGACGAGAGCCUAGUUACCUGCAACAGGAACUUCUCAGAGCAGCCAGGACCCAGCAGGCCUGAGCCACAGCUCUUCAGGAAAUACACGGAGCAUUUCUAAUAUUCUGAGUUAGAUCUUUUGUGAGUUUGUGUGCAACACACCAGAAAGCAGGGCUACGGGAAGGGGUGUUUGUUUGGGCCGGGCCUCCCCUGCCCCUGGGACUCGUGGUCUGAGGUUAGAGGUGACUAGAACACAGUCUGUGCUGGCUGUUGGGGACAUGGGGAAGACAUCACCUGUUCGUGGCCUUCUUGGGACCUGGUGCGGCCUCAGGCAAAGCAGGAUGCUCUUAGGUGGGCUGGGGGUAGUGCCCCUUUCUCCUUGGGCCUCGCUCUAGGGCGUCAGUGACCGUGAGCGCUGAGGACGAGACCCUUGCCUGGGAAGGGGGACAGGCCGGGUGCUGCCAUCCUCCUAGAGUCUGUUCCUGCUGGAACCUGCGGUGACCCUCCUGCUUCCUGUUUUUCUUUCCCCUGGUCUGGCUGCCCCUCCCCAUGCCCAGCCACCUCAUUCCUCCCUUUGCCUCCCCAUCCCUGGGAGGUUUCCAGCCCUCCCGCAGGCCUCUCCAACUUAGCCAGAAAAAGCCCAGAAACUAGGAGCUGCCUGCGCCCUCUUCGGAUCAGAUCAAAGGCACCUGGUGCUCCUGGGGCAGGGGGCAGCCCUCAGGGAGGGCUGAACGCGCUCUCCUCGAGCCCCCCGCCUCCUCCUGGGAAGAGGGAGGCCUGGCUGGAAGGAAGAAUCUUGGCCUGGAGAGGAUCACAAGGCGGCAGCUCGAUUCGCUUUGCGUGUAGUAUUUCCUCGUGUUGAAGUGUCUGUCAGAUCAGCAAUAAACCGCACUUUGACUGUUGUCACCCCACAGUGA